AUGGCCUCCGGUCUCCCCAUCGCCACGGUAUACGUGCGAAACCUUGAGGAGCGCGUCAAAGUCGACUUGUUGAAGGGCGCGCUGCUCCAGAUCUUCUCUGAGUACGGCAAUGUCAUCGAGAUUGUUGCCAAGACGAAUCUGAAGGCGAAAGGACAAGCUUUUGUUGUCUUUGCCGACCCUGAAGCCGCGCGUAAAGCCAUCGAGGAGGUUCAAGGCUUUGAGUUGUUUGAGAAGCCUAUGCAGCUCGCCCUCGCACGCACAAGAAGCGAUGCGACCGUCAAGACGGCUGGCGAUGAUGAAGAAUUUGAGCUGCAUAAGCGUCGUCGUCUAGCUGAAAAAGACAAAAAGAAGGCCUACGAGGCUGCUGAGGAGCAAAAGCGCCUCAAAAGGCCCGGCCCAAGCGGCGCUGCUGCACAGGACAACCGUCCUGUCAAGGCCGCUCGCGGCACUGGCCUCAAAUCCACGAAUCCCUCUACGACGGCUGUCAUCCCCGACGAGUAUCUACCUCCGAACAAGAUUCUCUUCGUGCAAAACUUGCCCGAGGAUUACGAUGUCGACGCCGUCACAAGCAUAUUUGGUCGUUUCGAGGGAUUCCGCGAGGUCAGAUUGGUACCAGGCCGCCGCGGUAUCGCUUUCGUCGAGUACGAGGGCGAACAGGGGGCCAUCACGGCAAAGGAAAACACUGCGGGCAUGGUCCUCGGAGACUCGCAUACUAUUAAGGUCACAUACCAGCGGCAAUAG